GUGAAUGUCUAGAUAGACAGAAGAACAAUAGAUACAAGAUUAAAAAAACAAAUAAGCUGUAAGAAACUGACAGUAAUUCUCACUCAAGACCCAAAGACCUCUAGCAUGAUGUCUGGCUCUACCCAGGAAGAAGAGGAGUUGCCUGCCAAUCACACAGGUCCAAAAGGUGUAAUUAAUGACUGGAGAAGGUUUAAGUUGGACAGUGUGGAUCAAACUGUCCCUCAAAGCAAGAGAGAGCUGCUCAGACAAAUGUCAAGUCCACGAGAGGAUGACAAGGAGAGACUCAACAGGAAGAUGAGUGUUCAGGAGUACGAAAUGAUCCAAGAAGAGGAUGAGCGUUGCCUGAAACGCUACAGAAAACAGUGUAUGCAGGAAAUGCACGAGCGCCUGAGCUUUGGUCCUACGUUUGAAGAAGUCUACGAACUCGAGACUGGAGAAGCCUUUCUAGAAGUCAUAGAGAAGGAACAUCGGUUGACCCUAGUGGUAGUCCACAUAUACCAGCACGGUGUCGAAGGCUGUGAACAGUUGAACUCAUGUCUGGACUGUCUGGCUUUGGAGUACUCCAGCAUUAAAUUUUGUCGCAUUGAUGCUGUGGCAACAGGCGCUGCUGAGCGCUUCUCCCCUGAGGUUCUUCCUGCCCUGCUGGUGUACAAAGCUGGUGAGUUACUGGGUAAUUUCCUGGCUGUUACCAAACACUUCAAUGAAGAUUUCUUCGCAACGGAUGUGGAGGGCUUCCUCAAUGAAUAUGGCCUGUUACCUGAGAAGGAGUUCACAGCAUGUGCUGAUGAUGAGGACGAAGGAGGUGACGUGGAAUAGCAGGAGGAACAAGGAAAGAGAAAAGGAUGAUCUUUGAGCGAAAGGGAGAAAAAUAUGAAUUGAAAAAGUGGAGGAGAUUGGAUAAAGGCAGAGAAAAAGUAAACAGGAAAAGGGGGUAUAACAGUAAAGGGGCAAGGGAAAAAAGAGCUGAGGAAAGGAAUUGGGGAAAGAAGUGGAAGAACAGUAAGGACAGUGUAGCAGUCAUGACACACACAAGUUAAUAAGCAUAUACAUUGCAUGUGCAGAUAAACACACAAUAGUAAACAUUCACCAGCACACACUGAACACUGACUGUAUUUAGAAACUCUUAGGUGUAAACCUCAUGGUGUGAGAAAGUCUGUGCCGAAAUACUGCUUUGCAGUCAUAUCAUAGCUUUCCAAUAAAAGAUGACUCAACCAAAGUG